CCUAGGGGAAGGUUCCAGAAGGGGGCCAUCUGUCUCGUAAGUUCCAUAACAGACAGACAGGCGACCCCCAGGAAGGCUCAAGAAGGGCUGAUGGGGACUCCCUCGGGGAAGGUCCACAAGGUGGCUAAUCUUGCAGGAAUGAUGCUCCCCUUGGCCUUACUCCUCAUUGCAGGGCUCUCAGAGGUGGAAACCAGUGUCACCAGGGCUCCUUCUGGAUGGACCUAUAAUGUGGAAUGUUAUCACUGUGAGGUAAAAACUCCUUCAAUUGUCCAGAAAAGAAGAUAUGUGAAUAUCAUCUUACGCUGUAUGACAGUCUCCAUUCGUGUGAGCCCUCAUGAAAUACUCGUUUACAAGGACUGCACUUGGAACUGCACAUUUGUAUAUACUGCCCUCGUGCCUCUUGAAACCCCAAGAAGCCCUGGAACCGGGAAAACUAAUAGUUUCUAUUUUACUAAUUGCUGUAAUGGUAUGCAUUGCAAUGUAGGAGGACCUACUAACAUGGAGAGGGACUUAAUAGAUGACACUGUACUUGAGAAUGAUCUACUAGAUGGGACGGAAUGUUGGAUGACAUCAGCCUUCUUCCCGAUUUUCGCCUCCAUCAUAGCCAGCAAUACACAGACAUGAGAACCCUCUGUGGAGGAGUCUGUUAGCCUUCCCUUUCCCUCAGAUCAGUUUUGCUCUCCUUUGUCCCCGUGAUACAUUGCCAAGCUCCCAGUUGACCCAUUUAUGGUUCACUGUCAGCACAAA